CGUCACUUCCUCUGUCGGUUGGGGCUGCAGUGGGUCGGGAGCGGCGGCGCUGAGAGAGAGAGAGGGAGGCGGCGAGAUGUUGGGUUCAAGAGCCCUGAGCCUUGUUACCAGGCGUGCACUUUCCACUAGUGUUUGCAUGCAAGGACGUGGUGUUGCAAGGCUUGAUUAUGCACUUCCACAAUAUGUUGAUCGUAAAGAUGAGCCUCUUGCAGCCAUUGAUUUUGUGGGACAUCUGUCAGGAGAGCAGAAGUCCUUAAAGGAGAAGGAGAAAAGCUCUUGGGUUUCUCUUUCUGGUGAAGAUAAGCUGAAAUUGUAUCGUAUUCGCUUUGAGCAGAGCUUUGUUGAAAUGAACAAGGCAUCAAGUGAAUGGAAGACUGUUAUCGGUGGCGUCUUCUUCAUGAUUGGUUUUUCUGGGCUGAUUUACCUUUGGCAAAGAUUGUUUGUAUUUGGAGAUGUUCCUCACACCUUUGAGGAUGAAUGGAAAGCUAAACAGACAAAGAGAAUGCUGGACAUGAGGAUGAACCCAAUUCUUGGUGUUGCUUCAAAAUGGGACUAUGAGAAAAAUGAGUGGAAGUAAUGGAUGUACCAAAGGAACUGAUAAACCUACACUGGAAUCCAUAAUAGAUGUUUAACAAUUCAACUGUUCAAGGAGUUAACUUGGAAUCUGGAGUUAAUCUGUAAAUUUGGUAAUAAACUCCUCGUUUACGUGA